AUGGCAUCUCACGAUGUAAGCCGGAUGGAAGGCCACCGACGCGUGCAAGGACAGCUCCAGGCCGCAGUUGAGGCGAGAUUGUUGGCCCUGAGUGAGAUCAGUCGAUACGCCGAGGAAGAGCGAGUGGCAAGAGUGAAGAGGGAGAGAGCCCAGCAGACGGUGGAACAGAUGGCAGAACUCGAGGACAUACUUCGCGCUGAGAUGGGAGCCUUGUCCAUGGCUAUUCAAUCUGGCACCGAUGUUUACCAGUACGGUGAUCGGGAGUCUACCGUGGGAACCCAUCUGGACCACAACAAUAUCGAUCACAAUGAUCUCGCUUCAAAUGCGGCCCUGACCGACCGAUCUUCUUCCUCUGGGCAUACGUUCAACCUCCCCCAGAACGAUGGAUCUGGCGUAAUCUUCGAGCACGUUGCUCCAUGGUCUGAAUCCAGUGGGAGCGCCAGCACCUCUUCGAGAGCCCCUUCUUCUAGAGCCCCCUCAUCCGGGGACCUGUCAUCUGCGGCCCCAUCAUCGAGAGCCUCCCCUGAGCUUCUUGGCGAAAAAGCUCGUACUGCCCCGGAAUACCUCGAGGACUGGCCAUGCAUUGUCAAGGAAGAUGGCGUCUACUACGAGGUUCGUUGUCCGGAAUGCGGAGCCAACGCCGGACACUGUGCAAGGUUGAAUGGUGCUCUCCGACAUUUCCGAGGCUGUAACGGGAUGGCUACGCAUAUGCGACUGAUGCAUCGCGACAAGUACCAAAAGCCGGAUUGGAAAACGGCGUUCAAGGUCGGGGCGCACCCGUUGCCAGCGGAUCAGGUGGUGGCUCUGGAGGAGGCCCUGCGCACUGGGGAUGUGUCGAGGUUCCAUGUGGAUUUGGUUUGGGUCCCGAAGACCGCCAGAUCCAAGUCCUAG